CGCACUUACUUUCUAACACCUCGUUAGUUGCUAUCUUAUCCACUCUAAUCGUCUGCUAUCUUACGCACUCAUGACGUGAACGGUUUGAUUAGAAUCCUCACACUCCCGUUCUGUCUCGGCUGGGAAGAGUUCCAUCGGUCGCUGCUAUUUUUCCCUCCUCACUCGAACGAUUCUCCGAGUAACUGACUAAUUGAUCGAUUUCGGAUCGAAGAAUCACAUCUUUCAAUGCCUGGGAAGCUGCACAAUCGUCAUUCAUCCAGCAGAUGUAACUUGAGGUUCCCAAUUCUCGCUCCCGUCUUCGUCGUCUCUCUUCUCUUCACCUGCUACGCGUUCUUUCCGUCCGCCAGGCCCUCGAUUACCUAUUCGGACCAUACGGCGCGGGCGGAGAGGUCCUUCGUCGCUUCAUUGGAGCAUUUUUUGACACAUAAGGCGCCGAAGCUCUCGUUACCGGUUACAGAUGACACGGUGCGUGGUGAGAGUGAGCAUCUUGCUAGGGAGCUCGACGAUUUGGUGUUUGAGAGAGAGAUUCGGUUGUUGAACGAAGAUCCCGUGGGGUUCCCGGUUAAGGUCUACGUCUACGAGAUGCCGAGGAAGUUUACUUACGAUCUUCUUUGGUUGUUUCACAAUACUUACAAAGAGACUUGGAAUCUCACCUCUAAUGGCAGCCCUGUGCAUCGCUUAAUCGAGCAGCAUUCUAUUGAUUACUGGCUCUGGGCUGAUCUGAUUGCUCCUGAAUCUGAAAGGCGUUUGAAAAGUGUUGUGAGGGUCCAUCAGCAGCAGGAUGCGGACGUUUUCUAUGUUCCGUUUUUCACUACAAUCAGCUUCUUCUUGUUGGAGAAGCAGCAAUGCAAAGCACUCUAUAGGGAAGCUCUGAAGUGGAUCACUGAUCAGCCUGCAUGGAAAAGAUCUGAGGGAAGGGACCACAUAUUUCCUAUUCACCAUCCCUGGUCUUUCAAGUCUGUCCGCAAAUAUGUGAAAAACGCAAUCUGGCUUUUGCCUGAUCUGGACUCCACUGGGAACUGGUACAAGCCUGGGCAAGUUUCGCUGGAGAAAGAUCUGAUUCUUCCUUAUGUCCCCAAUGUGGAUCUUUGCGAUGCCAAGUGCCUGUCAGAGAAUUCAUCAAAGAGGACCACUCUUCUUUUCUUCCGAGGCCGACUUAAGAGGAACGCUGGAGGGAAAGUGCGUGCCAAACUCGGCGCAGAGUUAAGCAGUGCUAAAGAUGUGAUCAUCACAGAGGGAACUGCUGGAGAUGAAGGGAAAUUGGCUGCUCAAAAGGGCAUGCGCAGAUCGUUGUUUUGUCUGUGUCCUGCUGGUGACACACCAUCUUCUGCGAGGCUGUUUGAUGCAAUCGUCAGUGGAUGCAUACCAGUUGUUGUCAGCGAUGAGUUGGAGUUACCUUUCGAAGGACUGCUUGACUACAGGAAGAUUGCUGUGAUUGUUUCUUCGGGUGAUGCUACCCAGCCUGGGUGGCUUUUGAAUCAUCUGAGAAGUCUUAGUCCCUCCCACAUCAAAGGAUUACAGAAGAAUCUAGCUCAAUACUCGCGGCAUUUCCUAUAUUCGAGCCCUGCUCAGCCUUUAGGUCCAGAGGACUUGACAUGGAGAAUGAUAUCAGGAAAAGUGGUAAACAUGAAACUUCACACGAGGAGGUCGCAGCGAAUGGUGAAAGGAAGUAGGAGUAUUUGCAGAUGCGAUUGUUGGCAAUCCAAUUCCACACUCUCCAAUCCUUUGACUCAUGUCUUAUCUUAGAGACCCAAUUCAAUUUUCCUUUAUGUUUUUUUUUCCCGAUUUCAACUUUGAUUCGAGUUUUGUGGUUAGGAAAUACGUAUAUUAUGAGACUUUGUUUACUACAUAUUGGUUGUUUAGUGAUUUAUUUUUUAGGAUAGGUUUGAAAUAUACGUAUUUCCUUCUGUUUAUAAAACAAUACUAAUAUUUGUUUUACCAUAACAUGAUAUAUCCAAAAAUACCCCCAACUUGCGCACCUCUUCUCUCUUCUCUCACUGGAAAUUGCCCUAACUUUUUUUUUUUUUUAGUCUUUUGGGCGUGUUUUACCUUCACAGUCCCAAGCCUCCACUUGCUCUUGUUUGUUGGUGGAUUCCUAUUAGGUUUUGUACAGAGAAGAUGGAUCUGUUGAGCAGUCUACCAGACGAGGUUCGUUCUCACAUAUUAUCGUUGCUUACCACAAAGGAAGCUGCUUUAACAUCGCUUCUCUCAAAGAGGUGGCGCAAUCUGUUUGCACUUGUCCCCAAUCUCGACAUUGACGACUCUGCCUUUCUUCAUCCGGAAGAGGGUAAGCUCAAAAGAGACGGAGUUGUGCAGAGCUUCAUGGAUUUUGUGGAUUGAGUAUUGGCUCUGCAGGGUGAUUCUCCAAUCAAGAAAUUCUCCCUCAAGUGUAAAGAUGGCGUCGAUUCAGCAGCGUGGCGUUUCUGAGCUUAAUCUUUCCAUGGAUUUCCCUGCGUAUUAUUAUUACACUCUGCCUGAAGAGUUGUCCGUCAGCAGUAGGCUAGUGAAGCUGAAACUAGCUAGUGGAUUUGAUGUUCAUUGGUGGGCUAGAUGUGAAAGCACUUGCUUACCAAUGCUCAAAAGCCUUUGCAUCCAGUCGGAGAGGGUUUUCUUCGAGGACGAGAUUGAGAUGCUUCUUCCUUGUCUCCCUGUGCUCGAGGAACUAGAAAUCGCUAAUAUGGAACGGAUGGAUUUGGAUGUAACCGUGUCAAGUGCAACACUCACCAAGCUAGUUUUCGUCGUCGUCGGCGCCAAGAGCUAUCGAAAUCCAAAGCGCGUUUGUUUUGAUACUCCAAAAUCCAAAUCUGCUUUCCUUAGCCUACUCUGAUUUAUUUGCGGAGGACUAUCCAUUAGUUAAUAUGGAAAAACUAGUCGAGGCUCGAGUCGCCCUUCGAGCUAAUGAUGAUCAGAUCAAGCGAGUAAGAGCGCCAAGCAAUGAUGAUGUUGUUCUCUAGUUUGGCAAUGUUGUGAAGCUCAUGAAUGGCGUACGAAAUGUUGAGAGACUUAUCUUGUGUGCUGCUACUUUCGAGGUGCUUUCUCUAUGCUGUGAAUCGGUGCCCCUGUUCAACAACCUCAGAACGUUAGUUGUUCACAGUGAAGAGUGUCGAGGAUGGCAAGCAAUGCCAGUUCUUUUGAGGAAUUGUCCACAUUUACAAACUCUAACCACCGAGAGUCUCGUGCACCAUGUCACAGAUAAAUGCGGGGAUGCUUGUGACUGCAUCUACCGCAAGGACAAAGGCCCGCGCGCUCGCGUCUUGCCCAGUAAAAGAGUUAGUGAUUACAGGGUUUACAGGGACAAUGAGGGAGGUGAACAUGAUAGAGCAUUUCUUGGACUAUUUUCCGUGUUUGAAGGAGGUGAAGUUCUAUAUUGAAGAGAAUGUUCCUGUAGAGCUUCUAAACGACGCUGCGGGUAUCCUGGAGAUGAUACAAGAGUACAACAGCUCAUAUAGUUGCAAUGUCAGGCUCUUUCUUGGUUAGGACGUGGACUGGACAAUCAAAGUCUCUGAAAUCACCCAGGUUCUACAUGCUCAACUUCACCCAACCUACGAGUUUCUUGGUCAUAUAUUGUCAAGUCUCAAAGGCUGUUGACUUGUUCUUGUUAAUGUUAAGUUCGAUUUUCAUUUAUGUACAUAUCGGUUCGACCAAGUCGUUUAGUGGUUUGUUCGCUAGUACAUUUCCUUCUGAUUUUUUGUUUAUCAUCUUAAACUAUAUUUAAUUGGUGUUUACUUGCUCCCCAUGACACUUGCGUGAUUGACGUUUUUGACGGACGGUGUAUAUAGAAG